UUCAUAUUUCAUUAUAUGUACACAAAUAAUACACACAGAUCUUUAAUUUCAAUCACUCGGCUUCAGUGAGGUAUAGCUAGAGAUAGAUAUAUGGGAAAUUGUUGCAGAAAGACGUCGGCUGUGGACUGGGACGGCGACGACUGGGGAUCGUUGAGGUCGUCGACGAGAUCAAGCAAGGUGUUUGAUGAAGUUCAUGCAUGGAGCGAGGUCGACGAAGUGGUCGUGCCGGAGAAGAAGCAGCUUCUGGGAGGGAUGGGAGCUUCGUCGUCGUCUAAUAAUGGGAAAGUGACGAUAAAGAUGUCGAAGAAGGAGCUUGAGGAAUUAAUGGGACUUAUGGGGAAGAAGGAGAGAGAAGGAAGAGCUUUAGCAGAACAAGUUCUGGUCCGCUUGUUAAGCGCUAGAGAUCAUCAUCAUGUUUCUGAUCACCAUAGGCCUUGGAGGCCUGUUCUGCAGAGUAUUCCUGAGCUUGACUAAUGUUAAUCAAAUGGCUUCUUCUCUGUUGUACAAAAUUACAGUCAAAGCCAUGAAAAAAAUCCCUUCAUUUUAUUCAUUUUUUAUGCCAGGUUUACUUUCAUCUCGCGUUUUCGUGUAUGUCAUUGUAACUUGGAAUGGACAUGUGCAGUGGUUAUAUGCUUAAUAUUUGUACCAGCUGGUUCACUUUGAUUCAUUUCUUUA